AUGCCACCCCCUGUUGGAGCACAAGCCGUUCCCCCUCCUGAUGGAGACUGGGGUUGGGUCGUUGUGUGUGGGGCCUUCAUCUCCAUUGGAUUUUCCUAUGCUUUUCCCAAGGCCACUACUGUCUUCUUCAAAGACAUCCAGAGGAUUUUUGAUGCAUCGUACAGCCAAGUUGCCUGGAUCUCCUCGAUAAUGCUGGCCGUCAUGUAUGCCGGAGGUCCUAUAAGCAGUAUACUGAUAAACACAUAUGGUUGCCGGCCAGUAAUGAUGGUGGGAGGGAUCUUGUGUGCAUUGAGCAUGAUCGCCGCCUCUUUCUGCAACACCGUAAUGCAGCUCUAUAUCUGUAUAGGUGUGAUCGGGGGUUUUGGUCUCGCCUUCAACCUUCAGCCAGCGCUGACCAUGAUUGGAAGGUACUUCUACAAGAAGCGUCCCAUCGCCAAUGGCCUGGCCAUGGCAGGCAGCCCUGUCUUCCUCAGCACCCUAGCACCCUUAAACCAGUACCUUAUCAAUGCUUUUGGCUGGAGGGGCAGCUUCCUCAUUCUUGGAGGACUUUUGCUUAACUGCUGCGUGGCCGGAUCCCUCAUGAGACCGCUCCCUCAGCUGCCACAAAAAAACGAGACCAAAAAGUUAGAAGAUGCUCCAGCUGCCCAGACUGAAAAGCUUACAGCCUGGCAGACGAUCAACAAAUACCUUGACCUCUCACUCUUCAAGCAUCGGGGCUUCCUUAUCUACCUCUCCGGAAACGUCAUUAUGUUCGUAGGCUUCUUCGCCCCCAUAGUGUUUCUCUCACCUUAUGCCAGAGACAAUGGUGUGGAUGAGUACUCAGCAGCCUUUCUGCUUUCCAUCCUGGCGUUUGUGGACAUGUUCGCACGACCCUCAAUGGGCCUGGUGGCCAACUCACGCUGGGUGCGCCCAAGGAUCCAGUAUUUCUUUAGCUUUGCUGUUCUUUAUAAUGGUGUGUGUCAUGUACUAUGCCCACUGGCACAAGGGUACACUGGCAUGGUGGUGUAUGCUGUGUUCUUUGGAUUUGCCUUCGGCAUGGUGAGUGCCGUGCUCUUCGAGACUCUAAUGGACCUGGUAGGAGCUCAGAGGUUCUCGAGUGCUGUGGGCCUUACCACCAUUGUGGAAUGCUGCCCUGUGCUUAUUGGACCACCACUGGCAGGCAAACUCGUGGAUGUCACUAAGAACUACAAGUACAUGUACAUCUGCUGCGGCUCUGUGGUGAUCUUCGCCAGCAUCUGGCUCUUCAUCGGCAACUUCAUCAACUACCGGCUGCUGGAGCGAGAAGGCAAACUAGAAAAGUACAACCAGGCUCAGACUGAAGAGCCUGACCGAGAGCAUGAUCAAACAGAGGAAAAUGCACAGGCCUUCGAAGAACUUAAUAAGAAGGUAGAAGAUGCCGUUCAGAGGGAAACGAACAUUUAAACUACCUCAAACUCAAAUCAGGAGCAGCACGGCUACGGACAGUGUACCGGCGGGGUUUGUGAUGCAACGAACAGCUAGGAAAGUUAUCCACACUACUGCUUUGUGUUUAUAUGCACCAUACGACCACUUGGUAUUUAGAUAGCUUUAAGACACACUCAAAAAAUGUGGACAGGGCAGUU